UUUUUUACCGUUUCGGGCCGGUUUUUAUACGCUUUUUCUACCCCGCUACGAGCCCCGCCAUGGCUUCCCCUCUGAGGGAGGACGAGGAAGAGGAGGAGGAGAUGGUGGUGUCGGAGGGGGACGAGGAGGACGACGACGAGGACGAGGAGGAAGACGACGACGAGGAAGAGGACGACGACGACGCCGCCUCGCUCCUGGGCCUGGCCGCGGGGCACCGGGGGGGGCCCGGGCCCGACAUCUUCCCCCCGACGCCUCCCGCCCCGCCGCCGCCGCCGCCGCCGCCGCAGCCGCCUCCGCCUCCGCCGCCGGCCCCCACCGCGCCCCUGCCCGCAGCGGGGCCGCAGGCAGAAGGUGCUGAGGAGCUGUUGAGGGGCCUCGAGGGUGCUCUUGGGGUGAAGAAGAAGAAACGGGGCCCCCGGAAGCAGAAGGAAAACAAACCUGGAAAACCACGGAAAAGGAAAAAGCUGGUGAGCGAGGAUGAGCUGGAGUCGGAGCGGGAGGAAUUCCAGCGGGAGGAAUACCGGGAGAAGUCAGAGAGCGGCGGGAGCGAGUCGGGGGGGGGCACCCGGAAGCGGCGCCGGAAGCAUCGCGACAAGAAGGACAAGAAGACCAAGAGGAGGAAAAAGGCUGAUGAGGAUGGGGGGCAGAAGGUCAAGGCGGUGGAGCAGAAGUCCUCAGCUCAGCUGCUGGGGGCCUGGGGGCUGGAGGACGUGGACCACGUCUUCACCGAGGAGGACUAUCACACCCUCACCAACUACAAGGCCUUCAGCCAGUUCAUGAGGCCGCUGAUCGCCAAGAAGAACCCCAAGAUCCCCAUGUCCAAGAUGAUGACCAUCCUGGGGGCCAAGUGGAGGGAGUUCAGCGCCAACAACCCCUUCAAGGGCUCCGCUGCCGCCGUGGCCGCCGCUGCCGCCGCCGCCGCCGCCGCCGUGGCCGAGCAGGUCUCUGCGGCCGUGGCCAGCGUGGCCCCCGAGGCCCCCGCGCCCCCCCUGCGCAAGGCCAAGACCAAGGAGGGCAAAG